AUGUAUCUUCAUCUAACUUGUUAUGGAUUUAUAGGUUUUCAAAAUUUCUUUCAUGUACGUCCUUUAAUAACUACAGCAGUUGCCUUAUGGAUUUGUGUGAUCAUCUAUCUAAGUUUCAGUUUCUUCAAUCUGGAAAGUAAUAAUCAACAAAAUUUAGCCUGUCAAUCUUUACUGGAAAUAAUUACUGGUUUAAGAGAACAAGUGGAUAUCGGGUCAACGAACUUAAGGGUAUUUCUUACGUCGUAUGAUGCUCAAUAUAAAAAUGAAAAAAGCAAUGUUGACAGAGGCAUACGUCGUGUGUCGUCUGAGAUUUUACGCCGUCGUGCUUUACAGUAUGCUCGUGAGGUCAAGUACAAUCUUGUUCAACUUGAUAAUGUAAAUGAGAAAAUAAAUACAAUCAAAAACUACUCUUUAAUUAAACCAUUGGAAGAAAUAAAAGUCUCAGUGGAACAAUUAAAACGUCAAUUACACGAAAUUUCUAUACAUUUACAAGUUAAUAUUGAUGGAAUUGGACGAGUUGACGGUAUGUUGGAAUCACGAAUAAAGUAUCUGGAUUAUUUAUCAACUGAACUCCAAAAUGAAUUAUUCAAGUUACAAAAUCCUCCAAAUUGUAAAGAAGCAAAAUAUGUGGUUGCGUCGUUAGAAAGACCGUGUGCAUUUGGUUGUAAUGCACAUCAUUUGAUGUAUUGUUUCCAAAUGGCGUAUGCAACUGGACGUACAUUACUCCUAGAUCCUAAGGAUGGGCAAUCAUACUCGCAAUGGUGGAUAAAAAAUUUCCUACCAUUAUCUGAGAAAUGCAAUAUAACUGACAUUCAGUCAAGCAUUCAUUCUGGUUCUUUGGAUAAAAAAUCGUUUGAUACUUAUCAAGCAAUUAGAUGUCCGUACAUCGCUUCAGUGAGUUCUUCAUUCGAUUGGAUCCCUCCAGCUGUGCCUAGCCAUUUGAGCAAAGUACUUUCACAUUUACAUGGUGCCCCAUUUGUUUGGUUCAUUGGUCAAUUGGCUAAAUUUUUAAUGCGUCCUACAUUUGAUCUAAGUGAAGCAUCUGAAAUAUUCACUGAUCAAACUGAGAAUCCGAUUGUUGGUAUUCAUGUUCGACGUACGGAUAAAAUAAAUACUGAAGCAAGUUUUCAUAGUUUAGAAGAAUACAUCACUGAAGUUGAAAAUUAUUUCCAAUUCAUAGAUGCCAAACGUCAAAUGAUGUCUAGAACUGAAGAAUGGAGAAGCGACAUCAGAUCACCGUUUCAUCAUAAUGUACAACGUCAAUUGAAACCAGUAAAACGACGUGUGUAUUUAGCUACUGAUGAACCUAGUUUAUUUGAUGAAGCCAGAUUGAAGUAUCCUAAUUAUACAUUUUAUGGUGAUCGUAGACGUGCUGAUUCAGCUUCUGUCUUCAAGAGACACGAUGAUGAUUCUAUUAUGGGCAUAGUCACUGACAUAUUAUUGCUAUCAAAAACCAAUUUUCUUGUUUGUACUUUUUCUUCUCAGGUUUGUCGAUUAGCUUACGAAUUGAUGCAAUCUAAUCAUUUAGAAUUCGGUGAUGCAAGUCAACAAUUUCGUUCAUUAGAUGAUGUAUAUUAUUAUGGUGGACAACAGGCUUCACCGUAUGAGGUAGUAAUAUCAAAUAAUGAAACUGGUUUUUCUCCUGGUGAUUUAGUUCACUUUCAUGGUAAUCAUUGGGAUGGUUAUGCAAAAGUUGAAAAAUUGGAUACCAGUCACAGUGUAAUUGCGCCAGCAUUUAAAUUUACUCCAAGGGUACUAAGUGCUCCUAUGAUCGGUGUACAUACAAAUCGAUCAGCAAAUAUUAUUGAUAAUAAUAAAUAA